UGCUUUUAUUUCGCUUUGAGCUCGAUUAAAAGACGGACGGGAGUUUUCUGAUUGUCGCGUUCAUCGACAUUUUCUGAAAGGAAAAUUGAAGGAUAGAUUCUUUUUUCCUUCCUUUUCUUAUAAUUUCAUAUUUGCAAAGCAAAUGAUGGUUUUCUGAAUUCAAGUGCGUGAAAUGCGAAAUUACUGCUAAAUAGUGUUGAAUUGUGAAAAAAAAACAAAUCUUGAAAUCAAAAAAAUGUAAUGAAAAAUCUGGUUGAAGUUUUUUUCUGAUAUCACAGAAAGAGUGAAAAGAAGAGGAGACGAAAGCAAAUAGGUAGAAAUGACGGUUUCAAUGAGUGAGUGAACAAAAGAGAGCGUGAAUAUGUGAACGUAAAUAAGAAGCUGAGAAAAAAUCGAAUUCCAUUGUAGGUGUGUAUUUUUUGACAUGGAAGGAAGACAAAAGUGGUAAAAAGAAAAACAACUGAAUGGCAAAAGUUCUAAAGUUUGUGGCAGUGCAAGAAACUUAAACGUGUACAGAUAGAACGAGCCAAAAUUGUAUUGAUUAGGAGGGAUCCAUUCCUUUUUUGCAAACGUAAAUGAAUAUUAUGAAAAUAUUUUGGAUAAAUAAGGUAGUGUUUAGGGUGGCUGUAAUCUGUGCGUUGACACAUGUGACCGCACAGAGAAAUUGCUGAGGGCGGCGUUGGCGUUCGUUUACGCACAUUCUGGAUAAUUGUAAAUAGAUACAUUUUCAACAAAUUAUAAUUCGAAUUAGAAAAGUGGAUUGUAAUGUUAUAUUCCACAAAAGCUGAUUGGAAAAGAAUAACCGCAAAUUAAAAAAGAACAGAAUUAAAUAGAAAAAGUGUUGAUUUGAAUAACAUAGAACUGUGAAUUGUGAAUCUUAUGAUGUCUUGCACAGCACAUAAUGUUAGCGAAAACUAAUUCUGCAAUAUAAUCGUGCUUUAUAUUAUUAAUAACUAUAUAACAAGAAAUUAAUAAAAGAUAUUAGUGAAAUAAGAUUGUUGAACUGUGAAUAAAAAAGCGGGUUUUUAUAAUAUAAUGACUAUGUUUGAUAAAACUACGGAACCUGCCAAUAAAUACAAAUUGGAAUAUGCAACCAUGAAGGACAAAUUCUUCGGACUAGUUAAGCAAUAAUGCGUUGUCGUCCUUUAAAAAGUAUAAAGUUCAAUAAAAAUAAACCAGUCAUUAACAACAUCAUCAUUACCAAUACCAAAAGCAACAGCAACUACUCUCCCGGAAGUAUUGUGAUUUGCAGAAAACGAUUUCAAAGACCAACUGCGUUCUUAGUACCGAGUAGCCGAGAAGCUUUUAUUUAUCUGCAUAUGGUCUAAUGGCUGCGAGGGCUGGCAGGCGUUUAUUAUAAUGAUUGCUUCCGUUUUUUUCAUAAUUGAAUUUGUGAAUUAUUGAUUUUCAGCCUCGAAAGCUGGAGAGAUGGAAAUUAAAAAGAAAAACUUUCAACACGAAAUACUCGCCAUCACUGCAAAGUAUUUUUUCAACCCACCCACCUUAUGGAUCUCGAGCAAAUAGUAAUAUGCUCACAUUUGUACAUACAUAUAUAUAGAUGAGAACUCUCACAAUUUUUGGACACUUACCUAGUAAAUAACUGUGUUCCGACUGCAGCGAAAACGCAUUAAUUAGAGCAUUUAAGAUGCCAUUUUUGAAUAUUUCAUAAGACUUCAUCCCUAUACAAAUUACAUUACGUGUGGACCAUUGUCGCUCUUGUCAGCGCAGACUUUGCAGUGAAGUCUGCCAAUGCUUACUUCGAUGUUUCGUGCAACAUCUGAAAAAUGGUCAAAGCGGUUUCAGCUCGAGCAACAGCAAGCACGGCCGCUUUGUACGUAGCAAAACAGCAAUUGCAAUUACAACAAGAACAGCCGAACAGCAAAAAAUCUACGCAAAAUCAUCAAAAAGAACAGAAGACUUUUUUCCGCGCUGAACCCGAACAAGUUUUAAAACAACGUGGACAGCAGUUUACUCUUGACGCUGAGGAGGUGGAAGAGGAGGAGGAGGAGCCGUGUGCAAAACGUAUUGCUGUUGCAUCGCUCAGCAAAAUGGUAAUACCAUCCUUGGCGGCAACAGCAACCACCAGCACAUCAUCAGCGUCCGUAUCCUCUUCUGUCGCAUCAGCAACAACGACGAACCAUGUUAAUACGUAUGCUGCUGAUCAGCAACAAAUACAACAACAAAGGCAACAACAAAAUGCUCUCUAUCAACAACAAAACCCGCCCGCUAGCCUCAAUAGCCAACAGUCGGCGCCGCGGCAGCAUCCGAAGAAGCGGAAAUUCGAUCCAGCCGAGCUGGACCGGCAACAGCAAACCUCACCACAACCACAGCACCACAGCAAUAGCGCAGCAGCAACGUCGUCGAUCUCCACAUCAACCACAUUAUGGCAUGAUAGCAAGCCAAUUUCGACGAAUAAAAACGUUAAUGUAAAUACCGAGAACAGUAACGGUAUCUUAACUUCGGCGAGCUUGAAGAACGGCAACGGGGCAGCCACAACAAGUGCAAUAUCAUCAGCAGCAACAGCAAAUAUUGUUGUUACAAGCUGCAAUAGCAACCUUUCGUGGUCCGCCACAACAACAAGUGGUGCAAAUGAAGACGCGACAUCGACGGAUAUGCUCCAUACAGCGAUACGUUCGACUGUUCAACAACAACAACAGCAGCACUCACCAGCGACAUCAAUGAUUGUGAGUCCGGUGGCAACGGCGGCACAUUCCAACAUAACAUUGCCGGCGGGAGUUGUAGUUGGCGCUGGCGCCAACGGAAACAGUGGAACCACAGUUGUAACGGCGGUUGGACGAGGCGCCACCUCCCUAGAAAGCCCCGAGAAACGCAUCAUCAUAACAAGCACACAGCCUUCAAGUAAUUAUAAGCUGCAAAAUGUGUUGAGUGUGACUCACAGCACUGGCGGUAAUCGCACUCUGACUUCUACAAGCAAUACUGCGUUGCAACAACAACAACGCCACACCUAUCAGCAGCAUUUGCAACAACCACAGCCUGUGGUUACCAUGCAGCAACAGCAACAGCAGCAGCCGCCGCUAGUUGCUAAUUUGGAUCUCAGCGAAUGGUCAAAUACGCGCGUAUUGGCCAAAUUAAAUAAUUUCUAUGCAUCGGGUAUUAUACGACACACGACAUCGUACAACGGUAGCUGUAGUGGCGCAGAUGCCAAUGGCAGACCACUUUCAGCUGCUACACCGAAUUCAAUUACAGUCGAAUUCGAUCCGCCGGAAAAUUGCACACAACCCUAUACGGACGUUUUGGGCAAUGGGCGUUUCAAUGUGAUAUUGGACGCUAGUCCACCAUUAGCUGAUAUUAAUGUGGACACUCGAGUUUGUGUGCGCAGUCAGAUAGAAGGUCGUUCCGGUUACGUUUUUGUGGAGGGCACUGUUACGGCCAUCAAUCCAAACACAAAACAAUUUACCGUUCAAAUUCUCACGGAUUCGACACCAAUAUUCAAAACGGUUAAACGGGCCGAUUUGCGUCUGCUGCUACCGCCAUGGUGGGACGAAUUGCGUGAGCUUUCACCUUUUCCACAGCAACACCACGCACAUGUUUUUGGCGCUCAUAAGGCAGGCGGUGCACACUCCGCGCUGCUCACUUCUCCACAUCAACAACGCACUGCCGGUGGCAGCGGUACUUCAGGGUCAGCGACACACAAAACCAGUGCUGGUCACCAUCAUCCACAAUUGAGUUAUGUGGGUACACGUUAUGACAGCAAAGUUCCGACACACCUUACGGUAGCGGGCUCACAACAGCUGCCUGCACACAUGACGUCAUAUAGUGCCGCACAGCAGCAUCUGCAAAAGCAAGAAGAGUAUUAUAGGACGACUGCCACCUCACCCUUCCAAAAUGUAGGUGGCAGUGGGCAGUCAUUGCUUGUGAACGCCCACAAUGCGGGAGCGAUUGGCAAGAUAAACGGCAACGGCAACAUUGCCACGGCGUCGCUACCAGAAAUUGUUGUUUCUCAGCAGCAAAUGGGCGGCAGCAGCAGCAGCCAUCAGCUCUCACAGUCGCCAUCAGAUGAUCUACAGCGGCGUCAGUCACGGCAAUACGAUGAAUUCGAGUCGGAUGAUGAAUUAAAGGGUGUGCAAAUAGAUGGUUACACGCUUGGCGAUGGCGACCCCGAGAAGCUGUCGGCGGGCAGCAAGCGUAGCAGUGUACAGAGCCGCGGCAGCACAUCAAGCACCCCAAGAUCUCAGGGAACUACACCGCAUCGCUUCAAUAAGGGUGAUAUUGUUCAGUCGGAAUCCGGAGUGCGCAAAAAAUACAAUGGCAAACAAUGGCGUCGCCUAUGCGGUAUGUGCUCCAAGGAAUCUCAGCGUCGUGGUUUGUGCUCGCGCCAUCUUAAUCAGAAAGGCAAUGCUUUUCGGCCUAAUGGUGCUAAUCGAUUUCCUCGUGAUAUGAAUAGCCGUUCAAGCAGUAAAACACAAGUGGAUGAAGACACUUCGCGUGACUCAGAAACGUCACCCAACUACCGUGCGGCAGGCCGCUCUGACCAGGAGGAAACUGAUGUGGCUAAUAUUUUAGUGUCACUGAGCAGUUCACGCUCGGCAACGCCAAGCUAUUCUUCGCCUGUCAACCACGGUACCUCGCCGAUGAAUGUUACCAACUCGCCCGUGCCAGUCGUCACAAAUCGCCAAAAUUUUUUCACGCCAAUAGGCGGUGGCCCCGUUGUGACAGCGGAUGCGCAAACAACUAAGUGGAAGCCCGCAGCUAGCCCCAUACAGUAUGGUACAGUGGGCUAUUCACAAGUUAUACGCCCGGAAACGGUGCGUGCGCAAGGCAACGCUACCGCACCACCGCCACAACAGUCGCCCGUCUCUAUGGUGAUACACAAUCAGAACAGUGUUAAUGUAGCUGCUGCACAGUUGCCUGGAACCGCUGGCAAUAUACAUCAUUCCUCUCUGCACUCGGCGCAUCACCAGGUACCGCCACCACUAUCUCCAGCACAAUCUGUUGUCAUGCAGCAGCAGCAUCAUCUGCAGCAACCGCCACUCGCGCAUAGCCAUAUAUCCCUGUCGCCAGGCGGGCCACCUCCACCGCAACCGAUCGUUAGCAGCGCUGUGAUUGCACCACCUCGGCCACCUGCUUCUGUGGUUACAAGCGUUGGUCACGCCACCACCAGCGUUAUACGGAUCUCACCUGCUGCCGCCGCCGCUGCCGCAAAUAAUGGUUCCACACAUGGCAGCACAGUAGCACCGUCAUUGUCGCAAUCCUUUCAUCCUGUCAUAGUCGAUCCAACGCAGCUGGUGCCUUUGCUCUCGCCGGCGAGUGGCAAUUCAUCGUUGCAGACAGGACAGCCCACAUUGGUUUCGAUCAGUAGCGGUUUGGGUGUGGGUGGCAGCAAUAGUUCGCUCUUAGCCGCCGCUCAUCAGCAUAAUUUGCAACAACAGACGGCAGCGCCAGUGAUUUCAAAUGAAAAGACGAUUCCAAAAAACGGAUUUCCGCCGGGGUCGAUAUAUCAAUGGCAAACGCUGUUGCCCACCAUCAGUCAGUCCCCCGUUAAACCGACCAAUUUUACAAUAGCCGGCAUCAUACCGCCAACGGCGGAAACACCACCUCCACAACAACAACAGCAGCAACAGCAAACAACACAAGGAAUUAAUUUGAUAAAUCACCAUGGCGCCCACAACAAUCUCAGCAAUCAUAGUUUGAGCGUCGGUCAUAAAAUCAGCGCCGACUUAGACUCACCCGAAAAACCGCUGAAUUUCUCAACAAGUGAUGCGGCGGCCGCCAAGAAUAAUACUUUUAAUAAAAAUAAUGGAGCAGGCAGUAGUAGCGGGGGCAACAGCAGCGUACCACAAGAAGAUAACGACGAUCAAUUAGACGAUGAUGUAUUCGAACCAAUGGCACCAGCGCAUCCCAAGCCGAAGCACGCACGAUUCGCCAUCAACAGCAGCAGUGAUAGCUAUAGAUAUGGCACUUCGUCAAAGAAUAAAUAUGGCAAUGAGGGUGUGGGAGAAACGAAGACGUCAACAGCAUCGGGUAAUAGCGGUUCGGCGGCCAAGCGGCGUUCACAAUCGCUCAGCGCAUUACAACAACAACAGCAGCAGGCAAAAUCAACUGCCGGAGGAGGAAAUUGUGCCAUUGAUAAGGAACCCUCCAGUCCAGAACCGGACAAAAUUCGUCGUCCUAUGAACGCUUUUAUGAUUUUCUCUAAAAAACAUCGUAAACUAGUUCACAAAAAGCAUCCGAACCAAGACAAUCGCACUGUUAGCAAAAUUCUAGGUGAAUGGUGGUACGCUUUGAAACCGGAGCAGAAAGCUAAAUAUCAUGAAUUGGCCAGUUCGGUGAAGGACGCCCAUUUCAAGAUGCAUCCACAUUGGAAAUGGUGUUCGAAAGACCGUCGUAAGUCCUCUAGUUCAGGCAAGGGGGAAACAUGUGGGGGGCCUUUGGACAUUAGUGACGGCAUCGACUUGCCAAUACAUAGUCCCGGUUCAGCGAGUGCUUCAAGCAACACCGCCAUCGAUUCUCAAAGCGAUAUCAUACCACUUACAAUUGAGGAAACUCUGGGGCAAGUGAAAGAAGAAAAGACAAGUAUUAAAGCAGAGUUGGUGCAGCCGAACGAAACGCAACAGUCCGAUGAUGAGCACAUGCUGGUGGUAGAUGAAGCUACAAACAGUAAGCAGAGCAGCAAUAGCUGCAAUUUAGGAUCUCAACAGCAGGAGUCUACAUUGAAGCAAAUAGAUUUAAAAUGCCGUGAACGCGUUACCGAUUCCGAUGUUGAGGAUGCUGCCUAUGAUUAUAGAAAAACCGCAACUAAUGCAGCAAAGAGUGUGCAAAGUGAAAAUUCAGCUGAAAACGAAAAGCUCUCAAUGUCGAAGGAAGCAAGUAUAAAAAAUGAGAGUCAAAGUAAAUCGGACGAAAUGUUGGCGCUCAGCACUUCUAGCAACAACGCGCUUAACGUGAACACUGAACGAGAUAUUACACUGAAACCGAAACCCAUCAAGCCAUAUGCUUCCAGCAUUGAAAGUAGCAUUCUUAGUCCACAGCAGCUGCCGAAGUACUCAUACAACAGUCCGAAGAACCCAAUCGGUGUAACACCAUUCCAACCAACAGGCGGUGCGUUCAAAACCAUGCCCAUAAGCCCGAAAAGCACAAAGCUAGACGAACAACAGAUGCAGCCACUGCAUAUAAAGCAGGAGGAUAUCAAGCAAGAGUUGUCUUCGCCAUACAAAAUGAAUGGCGGCGGUGCAAAUGUAAAUAGCGUAUUCACUUUCAAUGUACCAAUGGGCGCGGCAGCGAGUCUGAAUCAAAAGACACAACAGACAACAGGACAUCCAUUACGCAGUCCCAAUACCAUGGAGGGUAGUAAAGCAAGUCAGUUGUUGGUCGCAAAAGCCACAGAGCGCCGCAAAGAUACUCGUUCCCAGACACUUUCUCACGUCGCCGAUGAUGACGACUACGAUGCUUACGAGACCGAAACAGAUUUUGAUGAUAUAGAAUUCUAUACAAUACCAAAAUUACGUUUAACCAGCACACCCACUACGCCCAGCUGCAGCAGAACACCAACAACGAAAACGUUUUCAUCAAUUUUGGCUGUGAGCACGGUUGAGCCAGGGGCUGACCGGCCGCCACCAUUGAAACGAAGACAAUUCACUAUCGUGCGUUCAUUGACACCACAACAACAGCACAACUCACCACAUCGUCAGUUGAAAUAUUUACAUCAGCGGCGGGUGGAGACACCGCCUACAGUAAUUACACGCGUACCUACACCAUUUGGUAUUAAUGAGCCGCAAUCGCCGAAACUCAGACGACAAUCGUUGAAUGCCUCACCAGCAUUACAACAGCUCGUGCCAGCUGUGCCCAGUACUGCUCAGUUCGCAAUUAUUCGUACACACCACCAUCACCAUCAUCAUCAUCCACAUUCCAAUCCACACCCGAAUUCACAUUCAUUAAGCUCUACACCGCCACCUUUGUUCUUCAACAAAGCAUCUAGGAGCGCAACCAUGAUAUCACCGCUCACUCUGCCUGCGUCUACCACAAUAUCAAACACCACCACCUCAUCCCUUAUAUCCUCAUCAUCAACUCUUACAUCCACAUCCACCUCAACAACAGUCUCAUCCUCUUCGCAAACUGACAAAACUAAUGUUUUCCCCUCUCAUUGCUCCUCGUAUAAUGCUAACAACAACAAUAACAAUGACACUUCAAUUUUGUCAUCUAUAACAAAACCUUCGACUCCAACGACAACAACAACGAUUGCAAAAAAACUGUUUACAAUUAAAAACGGCUGUUUUAAUAACAAUUCAAAUCUCAUCACAAAUGGUAAAGAUGUGUUUAAUAAAAACCCAACAGCUACCCGCUCCACCAUUCUUUGCGACCCGAUGGUAAUGGAGGCGAUGAAAGACGUGCAGCUUAACGAGACCGACACGGAAACAUCAGCUGUUGAUGCAACUUCCAACAUUAAAACACCAGCGAUCACAAUUCAACAACCACCGACGAUGUUGGUGAUAACCGAUGGACAGCGUUAUGCCAGCAGUUCCACUGCUCAGUUAUUGCCGCAUAAAUUGAAGAAGUUGUCAGACGCUGGCAAUGUGCCAGCUACAUACACUUACGUAUUGGCCACCAAUAGCAACGCUGGCCCCAACAAAGCCAGUGGAACUGCCAAUCCAAACGCAUUAAACAUUAAUUCAACUCCCUCCACACCCAUCACAGUCAAACAUUCGAAUAAUGUUGCGACCACCUUGCGUCCAUUGUCGCUGAUCAGCGUGAAUUCUUGCAACAAGAUUACACUUCCGGCGAACGCACGCAUACUCGCCGCGACCUCAUGCUCUUCCAAUAGCAACCAUAGCGGCAAUAUUGUUGCCAUGGGCAAUGGCAACGUAGGAAUUGGUGGUGGUGGCAAUGCACCGCCAAUUGGUAGCACGCUAACGCUAUUGAGUACGGCACCAUCGCUCACGGCAACCGCUACACGUUUGGGCUGUGGCAGCGGUAGUGGCAGCAAUAUCAAGAACAAUAAUAACAGUAUCAUUACAAUUACUAAUGCUACUAACAGCAGCAGCAGCAGCAGCAAUAACAACAACAACCUCAAUAACAUAUUCACUUUCAGCAGCAACGACACAAUAGCAACAACUAGCGGGACCGCCGCCUUCAAUGCUGACGUCAAAAGUGGCAGUGGCAGCAUCGAAGGCAAUGGCGGUGGUAGCACUUCGAUUUUAAUGUUCAACUCAAAUAUUGCAACUGUUGUUAAUUCCACAGCCAGCGCAGCGGCAUCAUCGGUGCCUUCGUCACCUGCAUCGGCUAGCGUAGCCAACAGCUCGAACGCGGCCUCCUGUUUUACCAGCACUCCAGUCAUGACGCCAACACAAAUACUUGCAACGACGACUGGUGGUAAUGGCGGAAUCGCAAGCGGCCAGAAGCAGAUACUUUUCACAGUUAACAAUAUGUUAAAUCAGGUCGCUCUUCUACCAAUGCCACAACUAACAGAAACUGCAGGCAGUAUCGCCGGCGCCGGCAAUGUUUCUUGUGGGCCAAUUAAACCAACUCCCAUCUCUUAUCCCAAUUACAAGAAGAACAAUGGUCAAACGACUUACGGAGUGAAUACAAAUAUAAGUGGCGGCAGUGCUAUAUCAAAUAGCAACAACAACAACGCUAUUUUACUGCACAAUUAUACUGAGUCUACACCAAAAUCGCCGUCUUGCAAAUCAUUACCUACCACUCCGAAAUCGGCGUGCUUGUCUUCAACUUUCGCAAUGAAUCCACCGGACUCGGCUGGUAAACGCAGCACAGAUAGCAGUUCAACCUCAGCUGUGGACGCCGAGGAUGAGCAGAAUGACAUUGGUGGCAGACAGCAAUUCAUUUUAGCACCAACGCCUGCGCAACUGGGACGUGCGAAAUUUCCGCGACGAAAAAAUUUCGCUUCAAACAACGCAGGUGGCGAAAAUAGCAAUAACAACACAUUUGCUACUACUGUUCUGAUGGGGUGCAACUCUAUGAAGAAUUUGAAUUCGCCUAUUAUGGUGGACUCAUCAUCGCCGAUUAUUGGUAAUGUGAACACGGCGGUCAGUUCGAUGACAUCAGCGCUGCCCACACCCACUUCGUCAACGAACACGCCCAACAGCGAUGAACAAAUGCCAACUACACCAUCGGCAGUUAAUAGCAAUAGCAGUGCCGGUAGCGUAAGUGAUUUAAGCGGUAUGUUGAACCCCAAGUCGCCGUUAAAAUCAGCAUCUGCGACCAAAAAGAAAAACGAUGACAUGGAUAACGUCCUAAAACAAGUUGACUUCGAGAAGAAAUAUCAGGCAUUGCCACAGUUCAAACCCGAGGAUUGCCUAUCUCCCAGCGCAAUCGCAGUGCCAUCAUCGCCACGCGUUUACGGCACUAAUUAUCGAAAGAAGAAUCCACCACAGCCAAUUGUGCCCCCAAAAAAGCUCGUGUGCGAGGAUGAAUCAGCCAUUGAGACAGCAUCCUUGCCAUCAACGCCGUCACAGCGUUUCUUCGGGCCCGAUUUCAACAUUGAACAGCUAAAUUUGGAGAACUCCGAUGAGACAGACCGUUCGCCACGCACUCCACAAACCCCUUUACAAAGUGCACGAUCCGAUGCGAGCGAGAAGGGUCAUCGUAAAGUAUUAGAAAUACGUCGCAAAUUUGUUUAUCAACUUUUUAACGAACAUGGCAUGUUUCCAUCAACCCAAGCUACAAUGGCUUUUCAGAAAAAGCACAUCGAUGUAUUUCCGCGAAAGCAAGAUCUCCAAUUGAAAAUACGCGAAGUGCGUCAAAAAUGCAUGAGUCAGGCUGGAUUCACACCACACUCGGCCGGUCCUAUGACGCCAUCCGCUGAAACUAGCCUGUCCACAACUUCGGCAACAAUAACAACAAACACAACUAUAGCAACAACAGCGCUAAACCAGAACUAUGGGAGCGGAGAAAAUUAUGCGCAAACACAAUCAAAUGACGAAUAAUUAAGUGAAGCUUCCCUGAAUACGUAGCUCGUGUAAAGAGCUAAUAGUAUUAAAAACACGAUAGCAACUAUUGUUCAUAUUUCUUAGAGAGAGAGAGAGAGAAUUAAGGGGAGAGUUCAGUACAAUCAAAUUCAAAUUCAGUGUGCCAUGGCAUAAUAUAAUUAUGCAAUUUAUGCAUAUAACCAUAUAAUGCCAUCAAGAGCUGUAAGUAAAUAACAUUUGCAACCGCAGAGAGGGGAAGUUUUUAAUGCCAACCUAAGAAAUAUUUAAACAUAUACAUGCCCAUACAAAGGAAAGUAAUUGCCUUUGAUAUACCAGAUGAACUGCGUCAACAGUGUAAAAGUUCUAUGACAAUGAUAGUGUAUUAUUGUUCGAAAACGAUUUGUUUACCUCUUUUCGAAAGUUUAUAUAUUUAUGUUAUAGUUGGAGAAUUCAUAGAAGACAUAAUCAAUUGAUAAAUGAUAGCAAACCGUUUAUUAUAAGCAAUAAGCUACUGCAAUAUGACACGCGACCUGGCAACAACAACAUACAACACGAUUGCGGUUUGUUGCAACGAUACACCAACAACGCCAGUAAAAAAUUACCAGCAUUAAUUGAUAAGCGCAUACGCCAAGCCUAGAAAACUGAAAUGAAAUGGAUUCGAAAAGCGAUUGUAUUAAGAGAAUCACAAAUAUAGACACAAAGUGAACAGCACAGUAAAGAAACACACAGCAAAUUGAUUUAGCACACAUAUAAUGCAAACACUUUAAAACAUAUAUAAAUAAUCCCGAUUAAUUAAAGCUUAAAUAGUUUUUAAUUUUAAAACGCAUCAAUAAACAAUAUUGCAAAGCAUACAGGAUAGAAAUAAACCUUUAUUCAAGCAUAUAAUCAAUGUAAUGAAUUCAAAUAAGUAAAUAAUGAAUUAACCGAUUGUAUUAUUAGUACACUCAAACAAAGAAAAACGAAAGAAAACAAAAAAAAAUAACAAAAAUAAAGAAGUACAGAAAAUAAAUAAUUAAUUAUUAACUAAGUAGCCUUUGCAGGUUAGUGGGUGAAGUGAACUCAAAGUUUAAAUUAAAUUAAAUUAAUUAUAGAAGAAGCUUAAAGAUGUCUUAAACAUAAUGUUAACACAUUUAACAAAUUGCUACAAACGGCACACGGUGAAAAUUAUAUAAACUUGGCAAACAUGCAUACACGCAGAGAUAAAUAACGAAGUAGCCCAUUCAAGACACAAACAUUAUUAUUUUGUUCAACAUUUUAAAACAGCACAUAAGCAAACAAGUAAGUGCAUGCAAAUAUUUUAUUAAACACAAACACUUACACACACAGAGAUAAAAGCAUUGGUAAUUGAGCGAACAUAACCUAUAAUACUUUUAUGCCUCCUGCACCCUCUCGGCGUUCGUCUUACGACUAUGCAGUUUAUUUUACAUAAUGAAAAAGAAUCGCCUUAUAAAUUCAUUAUCUUAGUUGCAAAAACAUUGAAACAAAUUGAAGUAAAAUUUCAUGUAAAUUAAACAAACAUUUAUUUAUUUCUUUGUAUAAAUAAGCCGCCAGCACAAAGCAUAUUUUUUUAUUAUUUUCAACACUUGUAAUUUGUUUCAAAAUCCCGCUACUUCCCGCUCCACAAUCCACAAAAUUAUUUCCACCUGCCUAUGUCUUCUUUACCCAACCAGCUCCCCUGCUUUUAAAGCGCCGUUUUAUAUACACUUUGUAUUUUAACUGAAAUUUUAUUUAAACAAAAAAAUUAUUGAAUUUUAAUUUAUGAUUUUAACAUUUAUUUUAACUACACAAUCUGAAAACAAUACAACAUUAUAUUUUCCUGGCAUACUGUAACUCGAGAAAAUAAUUGUUAAUUAAUGAAUUUGUGCGCAAUUAGAGCUUACGCUAUAGUUUUAAUACAAAUUUAUAUCUAUUAGGUUAUUUCGAUAUCGUUGGCGGCCUUAUGGUUAUGAAGUACGUAAUAUAUCUAGCCCUCAGCCACAUCGAGGCAAAAGUUUUUCUUUAUUAUUUUAAGCAGUUAUUAUGCGGCUUUCUUGAAUUACUAAAAAUCGUGCAGAAAAAUUACAAAUUUGCUUAUAACUUAGUUGAGCCCAGCUGUUCUCAUUAAAAAUUGUACAAAUUAAUUUCAAUGAUUUUUUAAUAUUUGCUUUAAUGCGCCCAUUCGCUUACAGCACUGAAAUGAAAUAUGUGAAGCAAACACGCAUACGUACAUACAUACAUAUGCUUGUAAACACAAAUGUGAGCGACUGUCGUCUUCCACUUAGAAUACUGCAAUAUUAUAAAUAUUGUUUUUCUUUUUUUAUUUUAAACAUAUGUGCAUUAAUAUUUUAUACUUAAAUACAUAAAAAACAAUUACUUUUUGUGCUUUAGUAAUUUCUACUAAAAAACUAUUCGAGCGAAUGUUUUCAACCAGUUUUUAGUAAUAUUUAAACUUAACUCGUUUAAAAUUACUUUUUGCGGCAACAAUUCAAAAGAAGAUUUUUCAAGUUUUCAAAUAUGUUUAUUUUCACAUUUUAUUAGAAACUUCUGGUAAUUAUAUAUACAUAUUUCCUUGCAUGCAUUUAAGACUGUAUGACAAAUAUUUUUUUAUUGAUUAUGCAUUGUAGUAAAUAUUAUUAUUUAUGAAACACUUACACAUAUGCAUGCACACUCGUAUUUGAAUAUGCAUACCGUGUACGGAUUUCAUUCGAAAUUUUAUCUUGUAGUUAAGUUAAUAUUUUAGUUAUCUUACUUUUUCAAUAGUUUCUUCUUAAUAAGUUAAUAAUUUGCAAAAUAUACUAAAGUCUCAAAUACUAAUGCCAACAAACAUAUUGUUAAUUAUUAUAUACAUAUAAAACAAUCGCUAUGUAGUAAUUUUUUUUUUAUUAUUUCUAAGAAAGAAGAAAAAAUGUAUUAUCUUAAAAUGUUUAUAUAUCGAAACACAAGUGCAUUUGCUUUAGUAUCGUAAAUUACAAAGCAAAGCUGUAUGUUUAAUCUUUUCUAUACCCCAUCAUAAAUACAUAUAUAUAUAUAAAGAAAAUGAAACAAGUAGUGCAUAUACAAAUUAUAAAUGUGUUUUUAGAAUGUUAAAUAAAUUUUGAUUUUAUGCAGAAAAUAAUUUCUUAUGUUAUUGUUUUAUUUAAGCCGUUUGUUUGCUUAUUCGAACCUUAGCAAUACACCCGGAGACAAAUUAGCGCAUUUCAAUUAUAUAUUUUUAUAUUUCCUUAAUUGUAAAGUUUUAAGCUUCUCCAGUGCAUUUUGAUUACUUUAAUUAAAUUUUAAAUCAUUUUAAUUAAUUAAUAAUUAAUUUGAUUUUAUUGUGCUCAGCCAUUGCAUAAUAUAAUAUGCACAUUAAAAAAUAUUUAUUUGCUAUAAUAAUCAAAGACACAUGGAAAACUCUCAAAGCGUGAAGACAUCCCAAGGUUUCAAUUCAUUAUAGGAAUUUGAAAUUCAUUCUUAAUUUUUUUUUAAGCUUGAUGUUUGCAAUAACACCAUUUUACAAACUGUUAUUUUUGUUAUAAACUCUACGUUAUAUAGUAUACAUAUGCGCAACAUAUAAUAAACUCAAGAAAAUGUGCCAAGCGGAGAAAUACAAAUACAAGUACGAUGUAAUAAUGAAGAAUUUUCUAAAUAAUAAUAAAGAAAUAAAAUUUAAGAGAACUUGUAGAUGAAAUAUGAAAAACACACUCAAAUAUAACGCGGCUGCAUUAGCAAUACUAAAAAUCAUUUUAGAAACGAUUAAGCCACUAAAUAACUUACAUAAUUUGUAAAUAAACACUUGGAUUAUCAGCAAAAAAAGGCAGAUGUCAAUUUGUGGUUGGUAUAAGAUGUAUAAAUUUUCAAACUGUUUAGCUUUCAGUGUUGAUUUAAGGGGAGAGAAGACCACUUUUACUUUUUGAUAUUUUUUAAUGAAACGUUUAAAUCUAAAAUUAAUCUAAACCAAUGCUACAUUAUAGUAUAGUUGACUUUCAAGAAUAUUUAGUUAAAUUUUUAUGGAGAAACUUUCAAAAAUACCGCAAUGGCAGGUAUUACUCAGGAGUAUAUCGAAAAAAGUUGGACUGCGGUGUCGCUUAUAACAUACAUAUGUAUGUACUUCACACGUGGUGUUACAUCAUACGAAAUCAAAAUAUCAAAUUCGUUCAUUCGCUAAUAGUUUGUCCCGGGUAACACCGAGUGGGUUUUUUAACAUUUUCUAAAGCAUCAGAAAUAUUAAAGAAAACGCAAUUUUGUGUGAAAUCCCCAGCUAAUUUGAUAUAAUUUCAUAUUGUACAAGAAUGUUAUUAACAAAUUCAAAAGGAAUUUUCCGACGUUACCUCGUCUAUGUGCAGAUAUAUAGUAUACCAAAUCAAUGCAGUGAUUUUGAAAUUAUGUAGAGCGAAGUACUCUUAACUUGGUUAAUUUUGCUAUAACCGACCUAUAAAAAUUCUGCUACGCUCCUAUUCUUCUUUUUACCGAACCUAGAUUGGCCGUAAAUUAUUUUUCUUUUAAUGUUUUUAAUUUUAUACUUCGUUUUUAAUGGAUUUCAACUAUGAAUUUAUUUUUUUUUAUCAUUUUAAAAAUCUGUUCUAGUCCAUAUGCGUUCAUUUAGACAAAAUAAAAAUACAAAAAAAAAAUUAAAGACCGUACUACACUUUGUACAUACAUAUGUAUGUGUAUUUAAAAAAAAAAAAACAUAUUACUUCUAUGAACUUCUGAUCUGCAGCCUAACAUUUCCAUAUGUUAGAUAUGUUAGUAUAUAUGUAUGAAUAUACAUUUAAUUGAUGAGAAAACGGAAUAGUUUAAUAAAAUUUACGAUCACCAUAACCUAUAUAAUAUUGUAAAAGCUUUUGCGGUUUUCUGAUUUGAUUGCAAAUUUCCUAAAGCUAUCUUUUCAACUCAUUGAGUCUUUAAGUAAAAAUGUUUGCGAAUUUUUCUCCCCCGAACAGCUUUAAAACUACUUGUAUAAAUGAAAAUGUUUUCAUAACGUGUCGCUGUCUUUAUGUUUGUUGAUUAAACAGGACAAAAAUAACACAAAUUCAGUGAUUAGAAGCAAACAACAACAUAAAUUAUACAAAAACAUACAAACUUUCUGAAACCAACUCAUACUGAAAAAAAACGAAUAAAUCAUAAUGACAUACAUAUGCACAUAUCUGUAUGUAUAAUUAUAUAAAUAUCAUUUAAAUAUAAUUGAUUAUAAAUAAUGCAAAUGCGCUGUACAAGAAAACCAAACCAAAGCAAAUUACAAAACUUUUGGCAACAACCCUUUUGGAUAUGACGAAAAACAAAAACGACAUACAUGACUGCAGACACACACAUAUACAGUAUAUAAGUAAAUGUUACAAAAUUCCAAUGAAAACUGCAACUAUUUAGCAAGACAAAAGCAAGAAGAGUGAAAAAACACAAAACAAAACCGCGUUUCGGACUCAAAAUUCUAAAAUUCAGGUAUUACGAAAAUAGUCUUGAACUGUAAAUCAAGGAAACAUAAUUAUGUAAUUUAAAUGUAAGUGAAAGUGAAUAAAUUAAUUAAAACUAGAACAAGAAUUAAGCAAAUAUUUAGAUACAUCGUUUUACAAAAACCAAAUAUGUAUUUUAACAAAAUGUUUCCAUGAAAUAAAAACGAUUAAUAUUAAGAAUGAAUUAAUUACCAGCAAAUUUUUGUGACAAAAUAAAAAUUAUUGAAAAAAUAUAAAUAAAUAAAUAUAGUUUGUUGAGUUCAUAGGAUUUGAAGAAAGUAAUAAAAUACGUAUACUUUCCUUGAGCUUUAUUAAUAACGACACUAAAGUCGGUUUAAAGGUUUAGGCGCAGCGCUUUGGUUCUUAAAGCGUACACCCACACAUACACUUAACCUACUCAAUAACUUUAUGUUUGGAAACAUCAAGUGUUAUACCACUUAUGUAUACUUAUUUUAAAAUCCUCUGUACAAAGCUGAGCUGAAAAAUCGUCGGCUUAUUGCAGACAUCGCCACUUACCUGAUAAUCCUAUCCUUGUUAUUAAAUUGUCUUAGAAUACUAGACUUUUCCAGUUAUUGGUCUCAAAGUGGCGGCCUGGUUUUUGGGAUUAAGAAGUUAUUUUUAAUUGUUCAAUUCAUUUAUCGUUCAUUCUUGUAAGUUUUUUUGUAGGUCAACCCAAAAACAACAGACGCGAUGUUUACAAUGUUCGUUUCGACGAACUGCUUUGUUGAAAACUCGAUCUUUGCAGAGUUGAACUGGGAAACUAAAGAGCACUGAUAACUGGGACAAUGCCAGCAAGUUUCAAUGUGGACAGUUUUCAAAGUUGGCGUUCACUAAUGUUAUUGAGACAAUGUCUUUUCUGCCUUAAUUUUUUUUAUUUAUUACAAAAGUUAUUUUCUAAAACGAAAAAGAAAAAUAUCUAUGAGCGCCUUCACUUGUCCCUAUUCGCAAUUGUAAUGUUCUUUAUUUUCACUCGACUGAGUUGCGAAUAUUUUCAAAUAUAGUUAAAUCUAUUUUAGCUUUAAUCAAAUCCAGUUUAGUUGAUUAUUACUUAUACAUACAUAUAUGUAUGUAAACACUCAUACAAAUGUACAUAUACUUUUAAAAUAUUGCACAAACGAAACUUAACAAAUAUACGUACAUGAAAUUAAAAUAGUUGCAUAAAUAAUUGAAGAGCGACGUAAUGAUGUGCAUUUUUAAAAUGAAAGCAGUGAGUGUUAGGAAGUGCAUAACCUCACUUAAAUUUAUAAAUGCAUAAAAGAAAAGAAAAAACAAACAAAAAAGUAAAUAAAUAAAAUAAUAUGUAUGUGAAAGUAGUGAAAAUAUAUAUUAUCUUCAAUUGAACUUUAAAUGAACACAUAAACAAGAAGACAGACAAAAGAAAAAUUUAUUGAUUUAGAGUCAAGGUCAUGUACAUUUUUUAAAUUUGUGAUGUUUUGGCAAAAACGCUAUUAUUUCUAAAAGAAAUUAAAGAAACCAAUUACUGAGCAUAUUACGUUAAUAAACAAAACGAAAAAUUACCGAAUGUGUUUGUUCCCAAUUGCACCGAAAUGUGUCUAAAUUUGCAAGCAUCUUUCUUUAGAUCUACAAGAACAUUGAUACAUACAAAUAUAGUAUUUCCAAAUUCAAUAUGUGUAAGACUACUGUCAAAGCAUAAUUAUUGCCAUGAGUGUA